AUGUCAUUCAAAGAGAAGGAUGAAGGAGACAGGAGACUUUGUGAAACUCAACCGUCCCGGCGUAUUAUUCUUAACCCAGGCGAGAUCAGCGAAACAAUUGACAUCUUCUACUCCGGCACUGGUGACACAGAUAAUCUGGAUUUUUCUUUGAUUAGUCAGGUCUCGAUUCCAAAUCCCAAUGGCGCCGACCGUAAAGGGGGGAGGGCCAGAGCGCCCUUACUUGCAUUUUCCGCUGAUGUGACCAAGUUUGCUGUGGGUACGGAUGAUGGUGUAUUGUCGGUUUGGGAUGUUCGGAGUAAAACUCCGUUGAGGGUGUUUGAGGUUGAUGUGCCCAGGGAGGUUCUCUCGUUGCCAACUUCCUAUCUUCACUUCAGUAGUGGAAUAAUCGGGAAAGAGAUUCUGGCAUUUAUCGCCACAAACAAGGAUUAUUUUUCAACUGGUCUGAAAACCGUCCAUCUGAUUGACGCAACAUCAUUCGAGACGCAAGAAACUGGGGGAAAUUUGGACUUGCGGAAAAAUCCUGGUCCCGAUUAUCCCGCCAAGAAAGGGUAA